CCGAGCCGGAGGCGGGAGGGGCCCACCAAACGAAGGGGAAAAGCCGAAAAGAAGAAGAGGACGACGAAACGCUCAUCCCAACUCCCCGCACCAAUUCCCGACUCCCAACUUGCUCCCAAAUCCAAACGUGGACAGAAAAGGCUCCGCGUCUGCGGUUUGAUUGCGCUCGCGCCCCCCGAAUCCUCUCGCCUCCCGCCGCCGCUGCCAUGGACGACGACCACGACCAGGACCCCGACGCGUCGUCACCGGCGGCCGCCGGGGAGCGGUGCCCGUGCUGCUCCUCCUCCUCCUCCUUGCCGGCAGUGCCGUGGCGGCGGUCCGUGAAGCGGAAGCUGGGCGCGGAGAAGGGCGGGGACGACGACGAGGCGGGCCCCGCGGCGCGGGUCGAGGCGGAGGACGAGUGCGCGGCGCUGCGGGAGGCCGUUGCGGCGGCGCAGUCCGCGGCGUCGGCGCUGCGGGGCGAGGUCGAGGAGGAGCGCCUCGCCGCGGCCAGCGCCGCCAGCGAGGCCAUGGCCAUGAUGCUCCGCCUGCAGCGGGAGAAGGCCGAGGUGCAGAUGGAGCUCCGCCAGUUCCGCCGCUUCGCCGACGAGAAGAUGGCGCUCGACGCCGCCGACAUCGACCAGCUCCGCGCGCUCCUGGCGCAGCGCGCGCGCAGGCUGGUGCGCCUGCGCGCGAGGCUCCGCGAGUACAGGCUGCAGUUCAUCCACCUCGGCAUCCCGCUUCCCGAGGGCGAGGGCGAGGACCUGCUCGCGCAGAACGCCGCCGAGGAGGAAGAGGACCUCCUGCUACUCGAGGGCGAGGACGGCUACGUCGAUGGCGAUGGUGGCGGGUACUACCCUGAGCUCCGCUGCAACGACGGGGAGUACUACUACGAGGACGGGCAGGAGGAAGAGGAUGCGGUUGCCCUCGAUCUGGAGCGCCGGAUCUGCCGCCUCGAGCACGAUCAGGAAACUCGCCUGCUUGAGCCACCCCUUGAGGUUGAGGAAGAGGAAGAGGAAGGUACCCACCUCUACACAGAUGAGGCAUUGCCGAACUUGUCUGGGCAUGAACGGAGUGGCCUCUAUGCUGAUGUGGUGUUAUCUGAGGAGGAUGUGGAAGUGGAAGCAAGGAGCAACCUCCACAAUGAUGAUGAAGAGCUGCCGGAGUCUCCUACUGCUGGAAGUGCUGAUGGGGAGGAAGCAAGCGAGGCUGAUGGUGUUGACAGUGUAAGUGGCAGUGGCAGCGAUAGGGUCUACACCAUUGACAAGGUGCAUCAAGGUGCAACGGUGCCUAUUGCAAGGGUCAUGGAUAAGUACCAGGGCGAGGCAGUGGAGCCAGACAUUAAGAAGCUUUACAUGAGGCUGGAGGCGCUGGAGGCCGAUCGGGAGUCGAUGAGGCAGGCCCUUGUGGCAAUGCGCACAGAGAAGGCACAACUUGUGCUUCUUCGUGAGAUUGCGCAGCAGCUUGCCAAGGAUGGAGUUCCAGUAGGGUCAGGAGCCGGGGCAGGGCCAGGUGUACACUCUUCGCCUAGAAAACACGCAGUUGGGAUUUUAGAAAGGAGAUUCACGGAGGACAAGAAGGCGGCACUUGUCAAGACAUAUUCCAUGGUUGCCUUGUUUAAGUGGGUCCUCACUUUAUUUGGCAAGAAAAAGAAGCUAUCUCAAAGCAGGUAUACUUUUGGCUUAUCAAGUAAUAAUGUUGGUUUGCUCCUACUCUUGGAUAAGUGCCCACGGAUCCAGAAAACCCUCACGAGAACAAAGUAAAACCUGCCGAAAGAAGCAGCAGCAGCAGCUGUACAAUGUAAAUAAAUAGCUGUCAGUUGGGAAGUUUGCAUCAGAUUGCAUUUUUUUUUUGUUAAUGUUGGGUGGAGCCAGAGUUCUUUUGAUUCUUUAGUUGAUGAUUUUCUGAUUUCACAUAUUUGGUGAUGAGGAUAUUAUGCAUUGGUCUUGCAAUUGUUCAAGUUACAAAAACGCUUUUGCUUCUUUCUCACCAGCAAGAGCUGCAAUGCAUGUAUAGUCGGUUGUAAUACACUGUGGUGGUGGUUUUGCUUGCUUCCAGAUUGAUGAGCUUACAGGUCCAAACUCCUAACUUUUGUGAAAAAAUGUUGUAUCCAAACUAAGUCUGAUUAUGCUUGUAUAUGUUCAGGUUUGUUGGACUGUCCAA